AUGGCAGGUCUCAGAAAACUUCUUUACUUCUACUGCCUUCUGCAUUCAUUGUCUGAUCUUGGUGCAGUUUCUGCUGCCCCUGCUCCUCUGGUUGGCCCCCAGCCCGAACCCGCAUACGUCGCCGAGCCGGACCAAAGGGGAACCCUUACGCUAUUCUGGAACUGCUUCUCCACAUUCAUCCUAUGCGUGUGGACUGCCGUCCAUCCGGAUGUUCUCCCUGUCAAGGGCUACUGGUCCGCCAAUGUUUAUAAGUUCUUCAUGAUGACCUGGGCGAUCGUGAUCCCGGAACUAGUCGUGUGCAUGGCAGUGGAGCAGCUUCUGCGAGCCAUAAAGAUUCGGAACCUCUGGGAGCAAUCAUUUGAGGGUGAUAGUGAGAAGAAGUAUUGGCUGGGACUGACUGGUGCAUUCUUUGUGGUGAUGGGAGGUUACGUCGUGGAGACGGAGAGCUACAACCAUCGUGCCAACACGGCCCAGCGCGAACUGCCCUCGGGAAAGAGUUCGCGUCAUCUCCAGCGGCCCAAUACCAUAACUGAAUCGUUUGACUCUCCCUCACCUUUGGUGACAACCAUCGGACCCCAGGGUUUCGAAAGCCUGUUGCAGGGUGGGAAGAUUCGAAGACUGAUUCAGGAUGGGACGCUACAAAAACACCAUUUUGACCAAAGCGUGAUCGAGGAUAAAGGCAACGCCAAUACUAUCAGUAAGCUCCUUGUCGCGGUGCAGAUCUCGUGGAUGGUCAUUCAGGCAGUAGGUCGAAAACUCUCCGGACUCCCGGUCACCCUCCUUGAGGCCCAUGUGCUCAUCCAGAUCCUCUAUUCCAUCGUUGCAUACUGCUGCUGGUGGGCUAAGCCAUUGGAUAUCAACCGCCCCAUCCCACUGCCGCUCGACAGCGCUGACCUGAUGGGACAUGAUCUCACCCAGCCGACAACCAACCAUGCGCGUGACCUCCCGUUUUUCACAGAAUACUACGAACAUGGUGGAUGGGUCUACAUGUUCUUUCGCGCGGCAUACAGUGUCUUAAAAUAUCUUCGACGGCGGAUUGAGCUCUGGGCCUCCAUCCUAGCCAUUACUAACGGUGGCCUUCACCUCUGCGUGUGGAACAACUACUUUCCUACCCCAGCGGAGCGCAUCAUCUGGCGCAUGUCUGGGAUUGGGCUGGGGAUAUUCCCCACGAUUGUCUAUUUCGUCAUGUCCUGGAAUGAAGAGUUCGACAGUUUCUUCAUCAAAAUGUGGUACCGCAUGAGAUUUGAAAAACGAUCCCGGGUCGGGAUGAUGUUGCGAAGCUGGUCGAUGCUGUGGGAACUGUAUCAUGAGAGCGUGUAUGACCACUCCUCCAACAGGAGGGUUCCCAUCUGGCUUCGGUAUUUCCUGCUGGGCGUCAGCAUUAUCGCGAUGAUCUUGUAUGUGGCCUGCAUUUUCUUCCUGACGAUUGAGGCGUUUAUCAGCAUGAGGAGCUUACCAUCGGGCGCUUAUCGACAGCCGCGUUGGACGGGUAUAUUUCCUCAUGUUUGA